AUGUCCGCAAUGAAUAUCACUGGAGAAGAAUCCAUACCACGCGACAUUAGAGAAGAAUUCGCACCACCCGUCACGAGAGAAGAGCUUGAACUGUUUCAGCUGGCUGUCCGACGAGGACAUGCUAACGCCAUAUGUUUCUUGGGAGACGCCUCCAAUAUCGCAAUGCUGAAGCUUCCAAAAAGAGAUCCAAAUAAAAGUCCAUUUUGGAUAUCAUUAGCUGAAUUGGCUGCUUGGGAACCUGGUCAUGAUAAUGCCAAUGUCGCUUUCGUAAACUUACAACCACGUCCUGACUUUCGACCGAAAUGGAAGAAUCGUGAGAGUGAAAAGCGAAAGUGUAAACUUCUUGUAACACAUGACAUGGCUGGUGGAUAUAUCGAAGACUACUUCAAAAUCGGAUACAGUAUUCAGUAUUGGCAAUACGUUGAUAUCUUCAUUUACUUUUCUCAUCACCGCAUCUCGGUACCUCCGCGACAAUGGACUAAUGCAGCACAUCGUAAUGGGGUCAAAAUUCUUGGUAACUUCAUAACUGAGGACUUGGAAUCUUUAGAACCCGAUUUUUUACUUCUUGGUCCCGGUGACAAGCUAACGUUCCCAGAAUUGGACGAGGAUCAGAAAAGAGUAUUUUCAAGAUUUUUCGCUAAUAAACUAAUUGCAAUUGCCGAAUACUACAAUUUUGAUGGAUGGUUCUUUAAUAUAGAAUCACAUCUCACUGGUGGUGCGAUGCAGGCAAACCUACUCGUAGAUUUCUUGUAUAAUUUACGCGAAGAAAUUCAAAGGAAGAAACCAGGAUGUCUGAUCUUAUGGUAUGAUUCGGUGACAAAGGAUGGAAUUCGGCUUUGGCAAAAUCAGUUGAAUGAAUACAACUUACCAUUUUUCGAAGUAUCAGAUGGCAUGUUCACCAACUAUUGGUGGGAUGAAGAAAUAACAGCAAGCUCAGCAGCUGUGGCGGGAAAGCAUAGAAGGAGAGAUGUGUACACUGGUAUUGAUGUAUGGGGAAGAUCGACUUACGGUGGUGGAGGUUUCGAUACCUAUAAAGCCUUGGAUGUCAUCCAGAAAUGCAAGACUUCGGCUGCUCUCUUUGCGCCUGCCUGGACAUUUGAGCAUUUGGGAGCCGACAAUUUCUGGAUUAACGAUUCAUUGUUUUGGAUUGGUAACAGCGAACAUAUAUCAAGGCCGUCUAAGGAAAAGCACGAUGCACAGAAAGCUAUUGCGGACUAUAUUGUUCCAAGAUAUGCUCCAGGUACACAAAGAUUUUAUACAAAUUUCUCGCGAGGAUGUGGAUAUAAAUUCUUUAUAGAUGGACAACAAGCGCUAGAUCAAGAAUGGUAUUAUUUAAGUCUCCAGUCAAUUCCACCAUCACCGACUCUGAGGAUACUUUCUAGGACAUCUGCAAAAACUCUGCACAAGAAGGCACAUAUUACGUGGGAGUAUACAUUCGACGUUGCUUAUUCGGGGGGCACAUCAAUCUCUAUUCAAUCGACAAAACCGAAGAGAUCGUCCAUUUCAUUGAUACCUUUGUACGAAACUGAUAUUUCGAUCCCAGCAGAUGGAAUUUCGCUUAGUGCGAUAUAUCUCCCCGCAAAGGAUCAAAACGUCAAAAUUGGAUUGUAUGCCCACGUUGGUUUAAAAACGACGAGCGAGAAGAAAACAGUUCAUUUCGAAACAACAGAUGUAGAUGAUGAAGAUGCAACUUCCUUUAUUGUCGUAGAUAACGAGGAUGUCGCUAAUUCAGGUCCUGGAGACUCUAAUCCAGAAGACAUGAACAACCAAAUCGUUCUUUCAGCCAAGGAAGAUCAAAUAGAAUUAGAAUUUAGCACACUCACGACCACCACCACGAGACGCCAUAAUUGGCAUGUAGCCGAGGUGAUGCUGACACCAACCAUGUUUGAUCUUGCAGAGUCGGUCAAAGGACAAGAUCUAGUCAUAAAGAAGUUUGGCGUUACGGUAUUGCACAAGACAGAUAAAAUAGCAGCUGAACCAGCUGAUGAAGAUUUAAAAGGGCAACCCGUCAUAAUCGCACAUGUCGGUUCUUUGUCGAUCGAUCCCAUGGUCGAACCACUCAUCUCGGAGGAGAGCUUGCGAAAUUUAUCUGCGAAUAUCUUGAGCCCAGUUCGCGAUAACGAGUAUUAUAUAGUAGGGACGGUUUCAUGGGAAAUAGGCAUUCAUGUGCUAAGUCAUUCUUACAAGCAGACCUCGGGGUUAAAGAAUACAUUCGCGUACUUCUAUGUAUAUUAUCAUAUUGAAGCUGAGCAAGUUACCAUCCCAGCAGAAAAUGAAUUAGUAUUUCUCGGAUGUGCUGAUACAACAGAGUUUUGGGUGGGAGGAUUAUCAUUGGCGGUUGAUAAGGUUCAGAAUGGCGGUGGGGGUAUUGCCUUUUGGGUUCAAGGUGUAUAUGAAAAUGGGAAAGUAGAUUCUUGGAAUAGAUAUUGGAGAAGACUGUACACACCAUAA